GCAGUUAAGCUUCUUUUCAAGAGUGGAAAUGAGGGUCUCUGGCCAAUCCCUGACUACUAGAGAGGCUGGGUCAACUGUGAUUGGGGAGCGGUCGAGAAGGUGGUCCGCCAAAUUCAAACAGUGGAGUAUACGCGGAGAAGGAUCUGAUUCAGGCACUGUGAACAAUAACGCUGAAGAAAUUUGAAAAUAAGCCCCUCAACAUGACGUCUUCUUUUGUGAGUGGAGUCGGCACGGCUGUGACUAGUGUGUGGCGGGUCCACACCCAGCUCGACGAGUCGGAUGAACCAGAGACCUCCCCUGUAGCACCCAACAGGUUCCGAAAGCUGCGUACCUCCAGCUCUCUGAACUCUCUGCGUAUGUCUCUGCGCAAAAGACUUCCACUGAAGUCUGUCCAGUCCAAUGUGGCCACUGAGACGGAGAACCCAACUUGGGAGUCUCUUGAAAUGAACAAGAAGACAGGGACUGUUCGCCAGUUUACGCGGAAUGCGAAGAAUUCCAUUACAGGAGCAUAUCAGAAGUUCCAGAAGAGACAGGUAUCCCGAGAGGACUGUCUGGUGUCCACACCUGGUCGGAUACCAGAGGGGGAGGAGAAUGGCUUCCUCACCCCAUCGCGUACCCCUCGGCGCGCCCCCACAGCCCGGAACGCCACUCUAACGCCCUCACACACCCCAAGGUCCACCACCUGCCGCACCCCGAGGUCUGCCACCAAACGCACACCCAGAUCGGCGACCAGACGCACACCCAGGAGAGGAGGGGGCUGUACCCCAGAAGCGAGCGAUGCGGUGAGGGGUGUGAGGGCGGGGGGCGGCCGAAGACAGCUGGUGCGCAUGGCAGCUCUAAGGAGUCCCUUUGCCUCCCCAAACACCAUGACCCAGAGACGGCAGUUUGAGCGGGAGGUAGAUGGGAUGUCCAGUGGACUGAGGAAGCUGAAGAGCCUGUCUCAAGCCUUCAAUGACGUCAUUGGCAGAGAUGAACGGUCUCAGGCCGUGGAGCAUUACAGAAGUGUUAUGGCAGGAGAACACUCCACCUCCACCCCGAGGGAAGCAUCCGGCGUUUUCUCCACGUCUUCCGUGCGCCAAGGAAGCAGACGUGUGCGAGAGAUGGUGGGGAACUGGAAGGACUCGGUCAUGUCCAACAUUCACAGCAUGUCCUGAAGCACUCCAUCAUGCUCUCUCUGGGACAUCAUUUCUACACAUGGUAUUUCUGUGUGUCUGUGUGUUUACCUGUGUGUGUGUGUGUGUGUUAGAACCUUGUUACACAUUUGAAGAUGUCUGUGUACCGUCUACCGUGAGUCAGUAGAUGAGCCUUAAGGGUCCUGUGGGAAAACCGCAUUUCAGGCUAAAUUAGGCUGCUCACUCUCUCUCCUGUUCGUCCUAUUUUACGUGUAUUGCUUGUGUUUCGAACAUGCAGCCACAGUUUGUACUACAUGUUUGCACAGAACAAUUAUGAGGUGCUUUCCAUACACCAUACAUUAUUUCUAUUCAUUCUUUUAUCAUGUUUUACUUUUGUGGACCUUUUCGUGGACUAUUUACUAGUCAUUGAAAGCACUGUUUGUUGUAUAAACAAUGCCUUACACCAACAUUGUAUUUGUACUUUGGGGAACACUAGAACUAAAACACUGUGAGUUAUGAUAUAUAGCUUUUAAAUGUAGACUUAACUAACACUCAAUAUGACAGAGGCAUUGUUUGUCUCCAAUGUAUGUUUUAUAAAUAAUAACUAAUAAUGCAUUCUAUUGACCGUUGUUUAGUUACCCAGGGUCAAUAACUUAUUAUAACUUAAUAUUUUUUUAAAAGAAGCUUUUCUGACUUACUUCCUCUGGGAUUUUAAGAUUCAUAUCACUAUGGGAAACUAAAAAAUGCCUUACUUAGCUGAAGCUAAUUGGCUGAAUUGGGAAAUCUGUUACUGUAACUGACUUAUCUUGGGUCUGGUGAGAUUGCUGUGAAUAACUACAUGUGACAUUCACUUUGGGGUUAGUGUGUUUCACUUACCUGGGAAGUCAUCGAGAAUGUCCAGAAGGUCAAAAAAAAAAGCAUAUUUCUUGUUGAUUUGUUUAAUGUUCAAAUGUAUACCAAAAAUGGAUUGUUUCUUACAUGUUAUUUACUGUUUUGUAAAUUGCAAUUAAAGUCCACCUUUUACAAAAAAA